CUAUCUCGUCUCAGGCGGCUGGCGCCCGGCGCUUGUCACCCGACCGUGGGCGGUCGCUGCGGGCGCGCGACACCACCGCCCCGUGGCCACCGCGGCGGUUGCCAUGGCGAGUGCGGCGGGUGUCCGGCCGAUCCUCGGCACCAUGACCUUCGGACAGAGCGGCCAGGUCAAGGAGGGCGACGCUGGCGUGGUCCUGCGGUCCUUCUGCGGCUCUGGGGCCGCCAAGGGCCCGGGGGGAGCCCUCGUGGACACGGCGCGCAUGCAGGGGGCCAGUCCGCCGCCGGCGUGGAGGGCGACACGGAGGCCACGCUCGGCGGCAUCCUGGCGACGUUUCCUUCCUGGGGACAAUCCAGCAUCGCCACCAAGGCCAACCCGUCCAUGCCGCCGCAUUAUUCGCUGUCUAGGCAGUCCGUCAUCGAACAGUGUGAGACCUCACUGGACAGACUAGGGUUGGACUGUGUUGACCUGUUCUAUCUCCACUCACCUGAUAUACGUACGAGUAUUGACGACACCCUUGAUGGAGUUGAUUAUCUGCACAAGGCGGGCAAGAUUGUGGAGUUCGGCUUGUCCAAUUACCCGGCCUGGGCAAUUGUUGACAUAUGGCACCGAUGCAAAGCAAGGGGAAUAGUGCUGCCAACUGUGUAUCAGGGCAUGUACAAUGUUAUUACUCGCGAUUUUGAGCGAGAGGUUGUGCCUGUGGCCCGGCAAUUUGGACUCCGGCUGUACAUGUACAAUCCUUUGGCCGGUGGUCUGCUGUCGGGGCGCUACUCGAGCGUGGAGGACUUGGCGAAUGUGUCCAAGGGGCGCUUUUCGACAGAGUUCGACGCGGCUUUCGGCGGGGGCGUGAAGGCUGGCACGGGUCUGUAUCGGGGCAGGUACUCCAAGGCGGCGAUUUUUGGAGGCCUGGAGCUGCUCCGCGAGGCCUGUGCUCCGGUGCACGCGGGCGGCGAGCCGGCACGCAGCGAGGCUGCCCCGGCGGUGCAGAAGUCUGUCAGCGAGGUGCAGAAUGGCAUCCGCGUCACGGUGGAGGUGACGGAGGUGCCCGAGAAGGCAGCUCCCACCAGGGAGGGCGUUGCCAUGGCAAGCGUGGCGCUGCGCUGGCUCCUUCACCAUUCCCUUCUGCGACCAGGAGACGGUGUGAUUUUGGGAGUGUCCAAGGUGGACCACCUGGUCGCCAAUCUGGCGGCCUGGCACGCCGGGCCGCUUCCCUCGCCGCUCGUCUCCUGGACGCCUGCAACGCUGCCUGGGAGGCUGCCAGGCCCGCGUGCGAGGUCUACUUCCGGGGCUACGGGGAGAAGCCGGGCGGCAUAG